AAUUACAGUCUUUACGGUAUUUGCUCGGAACCUGCGUCACGUAACUUUUCGACAGCACCUGCCGGAAGUGGUCUAUGCACUGGAGACGAUGUAAUAAUAGAGCAUAUAUUGAACGGUUACAACAAACUCGAAUUGCCAGGUGGUGGACAUGUGCAGGUUUCUGUUGAGGUCUGGGUACAAGAAGUAUCGAAAAUCAUCGAGAUCACGUCUGAGUUCGAGCUUGACAUCUACGUUACCGAACGGUGGACCGAUCCAGCGUUGGCAUAUUCGCAUCUGAAUCCUUGCAAAAGUAAUAUGUCAGUCGACGGACGCACCAUUCUGGAAAAAAUAUGGAAUCCACAUGCUUGUUUCGUGAACAGCAAACUGGCAAACAUACAUUCGAGUCCAUUCAAGAACAUUUUUCUGCAGAUCUAUAGUAACGGCAGCAUCUGGCACAACUACCGUAUCAAACUUACUGGACCAUGUUCGAACACGUUACGAACGUUUCCGAUCGACCAGCAGAGAUGUAUGUUGUUCUACGAGAGUUUCACGCACAAUCACGAGCAGGUAGAGAUGGAAUGGAUUGACACCGUGCCACCAAUAACUAUCUUGAAAGGCAACAUCACGUUACCCGACUACGUGCUCGUCGAUUUCUCAGCAAGUAGCGAAUUGCGGCUUUAUCCACCAGGCAUCUUCAACGAAUUGAUCGCCACCUUCACUUUUCAACGAUUAUACGGUUUCUAUAUUUUACAGGUCUAUGUCCCCGCCUAUAUUUCUGUGUUCAUCUCUUGGGUGUCGUUCUACCUCGGUGCCGAACAAAUUCCUUCCCGAACAACCGUCGGCGUGAACUCGUUGCUAGCACUAACGUAUGUUCAAUACCAAGUUGUUGAUGAGUAUGGCCAAUGUCGAUGUUGUUCAGCGAUCGACGUCUGGAUCCUCAGCUCGAUGGCGUUCAUCUUCGCCUCUCUCAUCGAACUUGCCGUCGUCGGCUACCUGACAAGGAACGGCCAUCACGCCUCCAUCAAAUGCCACUGUUCGUGGCUGUGUACGAAAUGUCGUGAAUGGACCGCAGUGAAACUGGAUAGGGCAUCAUCAGUGAUAUUUCCAACUUGCUUCUUCUUUUUUAACAUAUGGUACUGGUUCGUGUUCUUAGGGUGA